AUGGGCUGUCCGUCUCUUACUAUUGCUCCUCCUCACUCUACCUGUAACGCCUUCCCGCUCCACCAACGCCGCUUCCCCCGAUGCCUCCGCGCUCUACAUCAUCCGCCUGCGCUCCGCGCCACCCGUCGCCUCCUACACGGCGGGAUUUCCGGCUACCCGGCAACGGCCGUGUGGGACAGCGACCCUAACGGCAACACGGCAGAUGCCAUAGCGGACGAUGCAGCCAACGGUUCCGACGAGGCAGGUCGCUCAAACUCCUCUGCUGCAAGCAACGGUGGCGUUGGCACGGCUUCAGGUGAUCCUGUCACCGCUGCCACUACCAGCAAUUCAGGAGGCAUAAACCGUCGACCGCGGCGGCCGCGGGUGGACGUGAGGGCGCCGGACGUGAGGGCGUUCAAGCAGCUGCUGCAGCGCAUGCAGCAGGCCGUGCUGAGAGACAGCGGGGUGGACGCGGGGAAGAUGGUGUACAGCCGCCCCUCACUGUUCACCUUAUGGGCCCACCCUCACGCUAGCUUUUCUACGCGAAAUUCUCAUACUUCUGAGCCCGUAUUCCUACUUAUACACCCCCCUCCACCCCUCCCCUCCUCGUCCCCACCAGGGCUACAGCAGACCACUAUCAUCGGCGCCUUUUCCAACUUAGCUCCCCCCCUGCACCCCUUCCCUCCUCCCCCCCGCCAGGGCUACAGCAGCACGCUCCCUGCUGGUUGGUCAGGCACGUGUCCCACUACAAGCGACUUCGCUUGUAACAACAAGAAAAUAAUCGGCGGGGGUAUCUUCCACGCGGGGUUUGGAGACAACCUCAACCUCACCCUCGACUGGCUGUCCCCGCGGGAUUCACAUGGCCAUGGCACGUGGUGUGCCGGCCUCAACCUCACCCUCGACUGGCUGUCCCCGCGGGACUCGUAUGGCCAUGGCACGUGGUGUGCUGGAGCAGCAGCGGGCAACAGCGGGGUGGAGGUGCCUGGCGGGGGCACCAUCAGUGGCGUGGCUCCCAAGGCACGCCUGGCCAUCUACAAGGUGUUUUGGCACAUAGAUGAACGCUACACAGGCACUGGAGAUGCAGACGUCUUUGCAGCCGUUGAUCAGGCUGUGGCGGACGGUGUGGAUGUGCUCACUUUGUCCCUGAACGACAUGAGCAGAAGCAUUGCCACCAACGGGAAUCGGACCUUCUUUGACGAUUUGCCUUUCCUCGGUGCCCUUGCGGUGGGUGUGAGGGGCGUGCAGUGGGUGUGA